GCCUCGGAAAGGAUAAACAAAAAGGAAGGAAGCCUUCGGCUAGACAAUCGCGGCAAAAUCGGUUCAAAUUUUACCUCGGUAGCUUAACGUUUACACUGCAUGCACCUUUUAGUCGCUUAAACUGGUACCCAUAAAACCUUCACCAUCAUGGACGACUCUUUGCUGUUUCGCAUGAGUGCAUUUUCGGAUCAAGGGGGGAGAAAAUACAUGGAGGAUGUUAUCGAGAUCAGAAUUGAGUACGAGCCCACAGCGUCAACAGACGAAGGUUAUUUCAAAUCGCAGAGACAUGGAGGGCAAACGAAGAGCGGAGCUUUUCCACAGACUGUUACCGAACCACAUGGGUUCAACAGAUUAGGUCCAGCGACUGCAGCGUGGGUAGAGAGCUUAUCAGAUGAGGACAUUUGUAGCAUCGGCACCCCGGCAACGGGCGACAAGAACUCAGCAGAGCAUGUUGUUGUUGACACGCGGAGAUCCGUGGCGUUUUUUGCCGUGUUUGACGGCCACGGGGGCCGCGAAGCUGCGCAUUUCGCCAGCGAGCAUUUAUGGGAUCUGCUGAAGAGGCAGCGGGGCUUCUGGUCCAAGGAUCACAGCGAGGUAUGCGCCGCUCUACGGAAAGGUUUCAUCGCCUGCCAUCAAGCAAUGUGGAAGGAGCUGCCAGAGUGGCCGAAAACAAUAACAGGCCUGCCCAGUACAUCCGGCACCACGGCUAGCGUCAUUGUGAUCCGGGGAGUUCACAUGUACGUUGCUCAUGUCGGAGACUCAGCGGUAGUAGUUGGAGUGAAAGAAGAGCACUCUGACAUCACGCUCCAGGCUCUUGAAAUAACACAAGACCAUAAACCUGAACUGCCAAAAGAGAAAGAAAGGAUUGAGCGACUGGGUGGCAGCGUAAUGAAGAAAUCUGGGGUUAAUCGUGUUGUGUGGAAGAGGCCCAGGCUGACUCAUAACGGCCCCGUGAGGAGGAGUACUGUCAUAGACCAGAUCCCGUUCCUCGCAGUAGCUCGAUCCCUUGGUGACCUGUGGAGCUACGACUUCUACAGUGGAGAGUUUGUCGUUUCUCCAGAACCUGAUACCACCGUGAUGACCCUCGAUCCUAAACGGCAUCGCUACAUCAUUCUCGGCAGCGACGGGCUGUGGAACAUGAUGCCACCCAAGAACGCUGUGAAUAUGUGUUACAGCCAUGACAAAAUGGCAGGACCAAAGGGAAUGUCUUGCGCCAGGAGGCUGGGAUGCACGGCCUUAUUGUUUUGGAAAGAGCGCAUGCUCCGAGCGGACAACACAACCGUCAUCGUCCUGGCCCUGCAGGAACGCGGGGGGGCGCCCAUUCCCAUGCAUCGAGAUGAGAUCGUCGUUGACAUGGCGACGGGUAUUGACCAAAUUCCAUACCCUGGAACGCCAUAUAACACAUGCGAGAUCCAAAAGCCAAGUGGUCCACAGGAAUCCCCCUCCCCAUUUACGGAAAGUUCCCAAACACUAGAACAGGCCUUUGGUCUGUAUGAGGCAGCUUUCUGCGCCACUACGCAGCUCCUACCUGACGCCAGCUCCCCGCUGCAUCCUGCAGAUCUUUCCUCAGAUGUUUUCGAAAAGCAAGACCCAUCCAGCACCCAUAUGGACUCAGACUGUUCUGCUCCUCCCUCAAAAAUGCCCUGCCGAUCCUGUCCCAGGCCGCCUGACUUUAAAGGUGCUAAUACUCGGCUUGGCGGGCUUCCAAACAAAGGCAGCUCACUGAAGAAACUUCAGGGCAAAGCAGACAGUGAACAAUCCCUUCAGUCUAAUGACGCCAAAUCGGGCACUUCUGAGGACGGUGGCAUUCGGCCGCAGCACACCUCUACCCUGUGCGUGUGCUGAAUCUUUUUCAUAAAAUCUGCACACCAUUUAUUAGAUGUAUACUUUUAUAAAAAGUCUUUAUUUGUGGGUAAAUAUGGAAGACAGAGGUCUUGUAAAUGUGUUAAUGUUCUGAUUCCCCUCCUUUUCAGGAUGUCCUUUUAAAGGUAUAAUCUUUUAAAUUCUUAAUUUCAUGCUCUUAAGUAUGUACAGUGAAACUGUAUUUUAAACAAAACACAUUAAUUUAAAUUUCCUUAACAGUAUUUAGGCACAUACUUCCAUUACUACAUUUUUACCAAAAGAAAUUAACUUUAGGUUUAACUUUAUUCAAAGGAAAUGCUGAGAGUUUGGUCAGCGGUUAAUACCUCCGAUCAGCUAUUUACAUCAUGGAGAGUUGCUAUUUUGUUUGGUAAAUAGAUGAGCUUAUCUGUUGUAUUUGCAGCACAGACAUUGGUCUGAGUUGCAUUAUGCAGGUCUAAUUAAAACUUGCUUUAUAUUUUAUGUUUGUAGUUAUGACGAGUAUGGCCACGGUUUUCCUUCAACUCAAUUUUUUCCUAUUUUAAGCUGUGGUCAGAAGACAGCAUUACAUGUUUUUGUCAUUUACGUGAACAUAUUUGUAACAUUCUAAGCAUCUUGAUUUCAUAAGUUGUCAGGGCUUAGAAAUAUUGUUUAUUUUUUUGGACGUCACUAACAUGUCAUCUGUUUAAGAUUUAGUGGCAAUAAAUCUUGGCUUUAUCCAGCAUCACUAUAUAGUGUAAGUUAAUACCAGUUCCAGAUACGCUACACUCCAGCUUGGUUUUCUUUCUUUUUCUUGUUCUGUGUACCCAUCACCUUGCAGAUGAGAUACUUUGCUCCUCAUGUUAAAGUCCCAAGUUGUGUUACUAUGGCAGCUGGGCUACUAAGCUAAAUACAUAUUUGCCUUUAUUUUGCAUAAACUGUCAUUGUUGCCUUAGCACAAAUUAGUUUUGUCGGUGUUGUGUUUGAGAUCCAAAACCAGGUUGUGAAGUGUAGCCGUGCGUCUCAGCCCAUCAUCUGCAUCCUUUUACUGUUCAGUGUGUUUAUUAUGGUUCAGCUCCUCAGAGCUCCCUUUUUCUGUACGGUGGGUAAAUAUGCAACAUGGGUUUGUACAAUACUAUAAUAUGCAACCUGUGGGGAUUUUCAGGAGUUUGGCAUGCUCACAUCUAUGCUGUAUUUUGUGACCUGUGUGUGAGUGUCAGGAGUAACGAGUGUUAAAAUGCAUGUUAAUGGAUGUGUUUGGAAAAUACCAAUCAUUUUGGUCUCGCUUUAUAUUUACUGUUGCCGAUUUCCAUGUUUGCGGUUUACAUUGCAGCAUUUAAAAGUGAUGACAUAUAGAAAAUGUCUGUGUUCUAAUAAAGUUCUUGUUUUUUACAA